UCAGUCCGCCAACUAGUUUGUUGAUUUCCGUUGAAAAAUUCUAAAAAAUGGCUACAGAAGUUGAGGAGACUAUCAAGAGAAUCCAAGCCCACAAAGGUGUUAUGGGUGUCAUCAUAGUCAACCACGAAGGUAUUCCGAUUAAAAGUUCUCUGGACAAUGCAACUUCCGUGCUGUAUUCAGGACUCAUUGGGCAGCUGACUGAGAAAGCUAGGAAUGUUGUUCGAGAAAUGGACUCUACAAACGAGCUGACAUUCCUACGCGUUAGGAGUAGAAGACAUGAGAUACUCAUUGCUCCAGACAGAGAAUUUAUACUAAUCGUCAUACAAAACACCACGGACUAAACACCUUUGUCAUUUACAGCCAUAACAGACUUGUAAAAAAAAUGUCAUUGAACUCCCCAAUUUAACAAAGCAGCUCAAUUGAUGUUCAGAUGAAGUACACAAUUGUCAUAUCAAUGUAUGUCUUUAUUACCCAUGUGAUUGGUCAUUAACCAUUCUCAACAACACAAACAACUACAUAUUCAGAAGCAAAUUUAUAUUUUACACGAGUAAGUACAGCAAAGUGCACCCAGUAGACUUCUAAACUUAUUUACUACAAAGUGCACCCAGCAACUUAAUUUACUGCAAAGUGCACC